UGCUGCUGCUUGCUGUUAUUACUCAUGGACACUAGAGGGCAGCAGUACUCCAUGAAAACAACACGCCACUCCCCAUCCAGGAAGUUUGCAGCACCACGGGUAAAUCGAAACUUACUGUGUUGCACCUGAGGAGCUGUUGUUUUCACCUACUUAUUGCCGAAUAUUUAACAAAAUGGCUGAAGCGAUGGCGAGUAACCAGGACAUUUUCAUGUGUCCUGUUUGUUUAGAUCUUCUAAAGCAUCCAGUAACUCUCAACUGUGGACACAAUUUCUGUUUGGAUUGUAUUGAGGCUUGUUGGGAUAAGGAAGACGUGAAGGGCGUUUACAGCUGUCCCCAAUGCAGAGAGACUUUCUCUCCAAGACCCGUUUUAAAGAAGAAUCAUGUUUUGUCUGAGCUCGUGGAUCAAAUGAGGAAGAGCAGAAUACAAACUGCAGCUCCCGUUGAAUGUGCUGCUGGACCUGGAGAUGUAGAGUGUGACGUCUGCACCGAUAGAAAACUCAAAGCUGUCAAGUCCUGUCUGGAGUGCUUGAUGUCGUACUGUGACACUCAUUUAAAAGCUCAUAAUGAACUUAUAGGUAGAAAUCACAACAUGCUCGAUGCCACAUGCCAGCUACAGGAGAUGGUCUGUCCUCGUCAUAAGAAGGUUUUUGAAAUAUUCUGUCGCACCGACCAGAGUUGCAUCUGUCUUCUGUGUAUGGUAGAUGAUCAUAAAGGCCAUGACACGAUCACAGCUACGGCAGAGUGGAGUCAUAAAAAGGAGGAGUUGGGGCAGAGCCAGAGGAGAUGCCAGCAGAUAAUCCAGUUGAAGGAGAAGGAGCUGCAGGAGCUGAGGAAGGCUGUGAAGACUCUCAAGUCUGGUGCACAGACAGCAGUGGAGGAGAGUGAGAGGAUGUUUACUGAGCUGAUCCGCUCCAUUGAGAGAAGGCGCUCUGAGGUGACAGAGCUGAUCAGAGCUCAGGAGAAGGCUGAGGUGAGUCGUGCUGAAGGACUCCUGAAGCGACUGGAGCAGGAGAUUGCUGAGCUGAAGAGGACAGAUGCUGAGAUGAAGCAGCUUUCACUGACACAGGAUCCCAUCCAUUUUCUCAAGAACAUUGUGUCCAUCACUGGGAGGCCUUACAGCACAACUUCAACCAGCGUGACCGUCAGCCAAAGCUUCUCCUUGGAGCCCCUGAAGGAAUCUGUGUCUGCACUGAAGAUGCAGCUGGAGGAGAAAUUAGAUUCCAUCUUCCAGCAGGAAAUUGUCAAAAUAUCUGCAGCAGUAAUGAAAAAUGUCCAGAUCAUCCAGAACAUACAGAUGUCUGAUGGCCAGGAUCUUAUUGGUGAACCAGUGACCAGAGAAGACUUCUAUCGCCUCUCAACGUAA